AUGGCGGAUGAGUUUGAAUCUACGUUGACGGGACUGUCCACGACUCGGUCUUACAAUACGUCGGCUAUUACUCAUUCUGAAAGUGAGUUGGAAACAAGCGGCGCCGAACUAAAUGUUACUCGUGACGAACUGGAGAGACGUCAGCUUUUGCACACAGUUCAGUUGUUGAGACUAGAGAUAUCUCAGAAAUGUCUGCUGAUUGAGAACCUCAAAACUGAACAAUCGAGUCGAAUAGAUGAGCUGAAGGAGCAGCUUGCAGACGCAACGCACGCUAAGCAGUUGCUACAGUUGAAACUCGAGAACGCCAUUCGAACUCACCGAACAGAUUCUCGACGUUUGCAGGAAAAAACGCAGAUAGAGAUUGCAGCACUGAAGGAAAAACAAAGUGAACUGGAGAGGAAGCGAGUGGAAGGAUUGGAACGAGGAGCAGAUUUUCGAGGUCGUGUGUGGGUAUUGACAGAAGAAGAAUAUGAUGAAUUGAGUAGGAAAGAGCAGUCUGCUCUGAAGUAG